AUGGAGUUCAAGCUGGAAGCUCACCGCAUCGUCAGCAUCUCCCUGGGCAAGAUCUACAACUCGCGGGUCCAGCGCGGCGGUAUCAAACUGCACAAGAACCUACUGGUGUCGCUGGUGCUGCGCAGCGCCCGCCAGGUAUACCUGAGUGACCCGUGCCCUGGCCUCUACCUGGCCGGCCCCGCCGGAAGCCCGAUGAUGCCGCCCCAGCCAUGCCGGGAGCCGGCGGGCGGACCACCUGCGGGCUGGGGCGAGCCGCCCCCGACUGCCCGCGCCUGGCCAGAGCCGCAGCAGGAGCGCCCUGCUGUCCCCAGCGAGCGAUCGGAGGACGCGGAGCCCGCCGCCCUCAUGGCUGGGACCGAGGACACACUUCGGAGCAGAGAAGCAGCCUGGCGCCGCGUGGAGCGACCACAAGAGGCAGAAGCCGGAGGCCCGGGGGGUCCCGCCAGAGGCUCGGACGUUUCCCCCGCGGGAUCUCCGGCUGUGCGCCGCCACUGCUGCUGUUCCCCAGUCGGGGAGGACCCACGGGGCGCCCGGGCCAUGUCCCCCCGCCCUGUCUGCUGCUGCGCCCCACAAUCCGCCGAGGCCCCUGCUACGCCCCCCACCUGUCCCAGGAAGCGUGGUGCUGCGGAGGCGGGGGUUGGCCCGGCGGGCGGCCCAGGACCCGGCGCGACCCCGCAGAAGAAGCGCCGCAGGAACUUGGAGGAACAAGCUGGCGGGAACGGCCACGACGAGGAGGAGGAGAUGGACACUGGUAACGUGGCGAACCUUAUUAGCAUCUUCGGUUCCAGCUUUUCAGGACUCUUGCGGAAAAAAGGCCCCGGGGGCGGCCGGGAGGAGGAAGAGGGCGAGGAGAGCGGGCCGGAAACCACCGAGCCGGGGCAGAUCUGCUGCGAUAAGCCGGUGCUGAGAGACAUGAACCCGUGGAGCACUGCCAUCGUGGCCUUCUGA